AUGACGACAACAAGGGAAGGAAUGCUAAGUGAAUUAGAUUUCAUCAGUGAAGCCUUUAAGGAGAAGGGAUAUCCUAUUGAUAUGAUUAAAGAUAUAACAACCUAUGAAGCAAAAGAAUGGGGCCGGAAAUAUCCUCCUUUGUUGGGUACAGGUUUAGAAAAUAAUAAAGGGGUAUCCAAGAAGAAGAAUAAUAACAUGAGAAUGGGAAACAUGGAUGAUAAAUAUAACAAAGCAUGUAUUUUGAAAUAUGGUGCACAAAGCAAUGAAAUAAAGGGCAUCAUAAAUUCCAAUUGGAACAUUCUAUCAAGUGAUAGUUGUAUAAAGGAUAAAAUACCAACUAAACCGUAUUAUGUGUAUAAAACAGGAAAUAACAUAAAGAGAAUAAUAGAGUUAAAAUAUAAUUCCAAUAAGAGCAGUAAUCACAGUGAGACUGGUACUAACAAAUGCGGCAAUUGCAAUUAUUGCAGCUAUAUUUAUGAAGAGGUGACAGUUAUUCUUCGGAAUAAUAUUAAAAACAAAAACUCUGUUAGCAAAAAGGUCAAAUCAGCUGUAGUUGUUCAAGGUGCAAGAGAGUACAGAGUUGUGAACACAUUAGGAAGGAAUUACCCAGGUGUGCAGUUGAGGUUUUUUUAUGAAAUGUCUUGCUGGAGUGCAAGCUGCUAUAAAGCUGAGCUGCAAGGUAGUAACCAUACAAUUCCAAUACUAUAUCAGCCAUCUGCAGCUGUUACCAUCCUUCAGGCCAGUGUGAUGGUUUUCACUAUAGUUACAGAUAUUGUUGGCAAUGUACUGGUGAUUCUCUCUGUAUUACAAAACAAGAAGCUUCAAACUCCAAGUAAUAUUUUUGUUAUCAGCUUGUCUGCAGCAGAUAUGAUGGUUGCUGUCUACCCUUAUCCAUUAAUUACAUUUGCCAUCUUGCAGAAGACAUGGACCUUGGGUUAUGUUCAGUGCAAAGUAUCAUCGGUCAUACAUGGCCUUAGCCUCAUUGGAUCUGUCUAUAACAUCUUGUUGAUAGCAGUUAAUAGAUACUUCUGCAUUUGCCACAGUUCUAGAUAUGAUAAGGUCUACAGUAUGAAGAACACCUACUGCUAUGUAUUCCUGACAUGGAUAGUAAUCAUUACUUUACUAUUGCCAAUGGCCACAACUAACACCUUGCAAUAUGAUCCACGGGUAUACUCUUGUGUAUUCAAUAUCACCGCAAACCUGUCAUUAACACUUAUUGUGGCAGCCUUCCAGUUUAUAAUACCCAUAACUGUUGUGAUCUUCUGCUACCUGAGGAUCUGGAUUUUGGUCAUUCGGGUCAAAUACCGCAUCAGACAGGACAGCAAACAAAAGCUGAAACCUAGCGAAGUGCGAAACUUCUUGACCAUGUUUGCAGUUUUUGUUAUUUUUGCAGUCUGCUGGGGUCCACAUAGUUUUAUAGGUUUAGUGGUUGGCUUUAGCCCCACUGGAAAGGCUCCUACUGUUCCUAACUGGCUAUUUGUACUGAGUUACUUCAUGGCCUACAUUAACAGCUGCUUGAAUGGAAUUGUUUAUGGUGUCUUUAACCAUAAUUUUCGAAGUGAAUACAAGAAAAUUGUGUUAUCCAUAUGCACAUUUCUGUCAAAGCAGCUACAGAAAAUGUUUUAG